AGAUUUUCACAGAAUGGACGAUGGCUCGGAAUAUUCCAAACGUCUGAGUGCGAGGAUAGAGGAAGACGCGAAGAAGAUCUUUCAUUGCUCCCAAUGCGAAUUCACGGAGCCCUUCCACUACAAAGGUCGGAACCCGCCGUUCAAGCGAACUGUCUGGCUUAAAGAAGACAGUUACGUGAACAAGGAUCCAUUUGUUCCCCGAGGCGAAGGUUUAUUCGUCGUUUUGGGUUCAGACUGCAGUGUCUGCGAUCAACAAGUUUGCCAGAACCCGGGCUGUAGUGUGUUCUACGAGCGUCGUAUUUGUCUUCCGUGCUUCAAGGCAAAUAAACGGGACUUUCCGGAGAAAUUGGUUGCGAAAGUUGCGUCGAAAGAAUGAAAGGAGAUAACGAUGA